GCUGUAUUGUAGUUAUCUCCCAAGGUCCAAAGUCCCUACAACCAGAUUUGCAGGCUGAGAACAGACCAGAUUGCUUCCAAGUAGUCAAUCCUCCCUCUCUUCUUGGAAGUCCAGUUCCCAGCCAUUUGCAGGGUCGGGGAAAUCUCUGCUUGGGUUUGGCUGGACAGGUAGCUGGGGAUCCUCCUUACAAAGGCAGACCUCCUGGUGACUGGCAGCUGAGUUGAGUAGACACUGCUAGAGUUGGCCUCUAUGAUUCCAUUUGGUGCUUCUAACCCCAACAGGAAGCCCAAGUGUCCGGGCAGGUAGCACAGUUGCUAGACUGCUUUGUCCAGCACGCUUGACGUCUUGAAUUCCAUCCGGCACCGGUGUGGUGGCCGUCCAGGUGUUGAAAGUCAGCCUGGAGUACCUGAGACCCUGUCUCAAAAAAAGAUGUUGGAGCCAGAACUUUGUACUAGGAUUGGCUAUGCUGUGUGAUUUUGAGACAAGUUAUGUACUGUUUUGGAGUCUGACUUAUUUUCUCUCAAGAGUUCUGAAGAUAAUGCCUUGUUCACUUACAGAUUUGGCCAGAAUAUGAAGUACUCUGUGUCUUUCCAUUUCUUCAGUUGAUAAAAAAUGAUUUUACUUUUUCAUGUUAGUGGAAGAGGCAGCGUGUGCUCUGAACCUCACAUUGUCACCCCACACGUAGCCUAAAGAUCUCCACCCAGGCCCCACUGGAUGACCCAGUCUCACCAGCUGCCUUUAUCCCCCCCCCCCAUAGAAAUGUUCUCAGCCUCCUCUCGAGGGUAGUUGCUGAGACUUCCACUGCUAGAAGGUGAUUUCAUCUCUUUCCUUGGUGGUUCCUGACUCCUUUGUGUGUACACCAUUAGUUCAGCCUGUCACCUGAGAGCACACCCCUAACUGCCUUACCAUCAGGAAGCCUCCCCAGUUUCAGCUCACUGCUUUUUCCCUGCAACACGUUUUUGUUUCUUUUGCUAACUUUUGGCAAAACACUGUAAGCUCCAUGAGGUCAGGGACCACUUGACAGCCCUUAUCCCAGAGCCUUAGUGUGUGGGCUAAGGCACAAAAAAUAAGGAACUCUAAAGGUCGCCCCAGUGUUCGGUUCUUCCAUCCUCAGUGCCUGGCUCAGCAAGGGCGUGUGGCAAGUGAGGCCCAGAGCCAAAACCACCAUGAAAAGUCCUAAUUCCACUUGGCAAUGGCGGAUUUCCAGCCCUUGAGUCUGAUUGUGCCUGGGCAACGGUCUCCUAGGAGACAGGAAACAGAGGGCGGAGCCCCAGAGGGCGCCUGGGCGGAGCCGCACACGGGUGCCGGGAGUGAUCCUGGCGAAAGGCGCAUGCAGGCCCUCAGCGCGGCUCUUUUCCUGAACGCGGGGCAGCUUGGGCCUGCAGCCGCCUGUUACAACCAGGAAGACGGCUCGGAGUGCAGCUGGCACGGGAGGCCGCAGCCACCCGAGCUCUGCACCAGUACCCCUUCCCGGUGGCUCUUCCCGGAGUUCCGCCCGCCAAGGAGGCUACAAUGGCCCGGGCCCGCCUCCGCCAGGCCCGAGGUGGCGCACUGCGGCGGCAGCCGUGGGGAUUGCAGCCCAUUGCCUGUGCGCCACCUAAGCAGCGCCCACGAGUUCGUGCCGGGUGCCCAGGGCACUGCAAAUCCCUACCCCGUCAGCUCCCUGCUCCCCACGACCCUGGAUGAGCCCCUGCCUGAUGUCCCGCCCCCGCCUGAUGGUGAGGCGCAGCACGGGCAGCCAGCCAGCCCUGACAUCCUGCCGACUGCAGGGAGAGGUUGCGAGGGUGGAAGGAAUGGGGAGUCUGGAGAGCACCGGAUACAGGAUUCCCUUGUCCUUUGGCGAGGAUUCUCCAAGGGACCUCACUCCAUGGGCCGACUCAGAAACGCCAAAAUCCACGUAGAGAGAGCCGUCAAGAAGAAGAUCUUCAUGAUUCAUGGCCGCUACCCAGUGAUCCGGUGUCUAUUGCGCCAGAGGGGAUGGGUAGAAAAAAAGAUGGUCCCUCCCCAAGGCACCACCCUGCCACCACCCCCGAAGGAUCUAGACAGUUUGGUGAUGGGUGAUAGUGAUGCUACAGAGGAUGAGGAUGAAGAGGAAAACGAGGAGUUUCGGGAGCCACAGCUGUUGGACUUCGAUGGGUUUCUGGAACUUGAUGACCUGGAUGGGGUACACGCUUUGAUGUCCCGCAUGGUUCGGAAUGAGACCCCCUACCUCAUCUGGACCACUCGGAGAGAUGUGCUGGAUUGUCGCUUCCUCUCCAAGGAUCAGAUGAUAAACCAUUAUGCCCACGCAGGCUCCUUUACUACAAAGGUGGGCCUGUGUCUCAACCUCCGGAAUCUGCCUUGGUUUGACGAGGCUGAUGCUGACUCCUUCUUCCCCCGAUGCUAUCGCCUGGGAGCAGAGGAUGACAAGAAAGCCUUCAUAGAGGACUUCUGGCUGACAGCUGCCCGCAACGUUCUCAAGCUGGUGGUGAAGUCGGAAGCGAAGCCAUACUCCACCUCCAUCCAGGCAAGAGAGGAAGAGGUCUUAGAAAACCCACUGCCCAAGAAACAGGAGAAAAAGGCAGUGAUGGUGUCCCCAGAGUUUGUGGACGAGGCUCUGAGUGCGUGUGAGGAGCACCUUAGCAGCAUGGCCCACAAGGACAUCGACAAGGACCCGGAUGCCCCGCUGUACUUGAGCCCUGAUGGCUGGUCCUUCUUCCUGCACCGCUACUACCAAGUAGUCCAUGAAGGGGCAGAACUCAGACACCUAGAGGCCCAGAUCCAUCGCUGUGAAGACAUUCUACAGCAGCUUCAGGCCGUGGUACCCCAGAUUGACAUGGAGGGGGAUCGAAACAUCUGGAUUGUGAAGCCAGGAGCCAAGUCCCGAGGCCGAGGUAUUAUGUGCAUGGACCACCUGGAGGAGAUGCUGAAGCUGGUGGACUGCAACCCCAUGCUCAUGAAGGACGGCAAGUGGAUUGUGCAGAAGUACAUCGAGCGGCCCCUGCUCAUCUUCGGCACCAAGUUUGACCUGAGACAGUGGUUCCUGGUGACGGACUGGAACCCACUCACGGUGUGGUUCUACCGAGACAGCUACAUCCGCUUCUCCACACAGCCCUUCUCCCUGAAGAACCUGGACAACUCCGUGCACCUGUGUAACAACUCCAUCCAGAAACACUUGGAGGCCUCCUGUCACCGGCACCCCAUGCUGCCCCCCGACAACAUGUGGUCCAGCCAAAGGUUUCAGGCCCACUUGCAGGAGUUGGGCGCCCCAAAUGCCUGGGCUAGCGUUAUUGUACCUGGCAUGAAGGCUGCUGUGAUCCACGCCCUGCAGACCUCCCAAGACACCGUGCAGUGCCGGAAGGCCAGCUUCGAGCUCUAUGGGGCCGACUUUGUGUUUGGGGAAGACUUCCGGCCCUGGUUGAUUGAGAUCAACGCCAGCCCCACCAUGGCACCUUCCACAGCGGUCACUGCCCGCCUCUGUGCAGGGGUGCAAGCGGACACCCUGCGUGUGGUCAUUGACCGGCGGCUGGACCGCACCUGUGACACAGGAGCCUUUGAGCUCAUCUAUAAGCAGCCUGCUGUGGAGGUGCCCCAGUACGUGGGGAUCCGGCUCCUGGUGGAGGGCUCUACCAUCAAGAAGCCCAUGGCAGUGGGUCAUCGGCGGACAGGGGUCCGCUCAUCACUCCCUCAUCUGCCGACCCAGCAAGGCUCUGGGGAAGGCAAGGACUCAGGAUCCCCUACCCACAGGUCAGCCUCUAGGAAGGACGUUGGGGCCAGGAGCCUGGGACACACUGAGAAGCCCGACUCUACUGUCACCACCUCGGUCCCCGGAAAGGGGAAGAAAGACCCUCCCCACUUCCCUAGUCUCCAUUCCAAGGCCUGGCUGCCUUCUCCCUGCGUGCUCCGACCCCAGGGCCGGGUCCUCAGACUGCAGCAUGGCCAGCUGGUGGGCUCUAAGGCUCUGUCAACCACAGGCAAGGCCUUGAUGACUCUACCUACUGCCAAGGUUCUGAUGUCCUUCCCACCUCACCCUGAUCUCAAGCUGGCACCCAGCAUGCUGAAGCCAGGACAGGCUGCUAUUCCCCGGCACCUUGGAGGCCCCCACUUUGGAAGUGCCUUGUGGCCAAUGCCCUUUGGAGUUGGACCUCUUCCUAGCACCCACAGGAAAGUCAAGGCCAAAGGCAAGUUCAAGGCCAGACUCUGCGACAAACCCAGGGCUGAGGCCUACCCCGAGAAGAGGCUGAGCCUCCCCAAACCCUUGACCCUUAUUUUGACAUGCCGGACACGGAGGAUCAUGGGGGCUAGGAGGCUAGAGAACCCCCUGCUCUGAUCUCCACUGCCCCAUCCUGGAUCCAGCAUCAAAUUAAAAAAGCAAGUAAAGUUC